AUGGCUCCCGCACUCAUCGAAGAGGUCACCGAACAGACUACUGUCGGCUACAAGUCUGGAGUUGGUCAGUACAAAGAAGCUGCCUUUGGUGGCCCGAAGGUCUUCCAGAAAGAACUCGAGCUGCGCGGCACUGAAAAGCAUGCGCCUGCCAAGUAUCCGCACUACCUCCCGACUUGGGACAAUGAGAAGGGCAGAAAAUACCCACCAUGGGAGCCAUUCGAGCACACUGAGCACGGAAAAGAUGCCGACCCUUCUUUCCCUAACCUCUUGGCAAAUGCCACUGUCGCCGACAUCACAGCGAACAUCGGCGCUGAAGUCCAUGGUGUCCAGCUAAGCAAGCUAACGGAUGCCGGAAAAGAUGAACUCGCACUCUUUGUCGCCCAGAAGAAAGUCGUAGCGUUUCGCGAUCAGGACUUCGCAGACAUCCCAAUCAAAGACGCAAUCGCUUUCGGUGGGUACUUCGGUCGACACCACAUCCAUCCUACAUCCGGAGCUCCUGAGGGCUAUCCUGAGGUUCAUCUCGUCCAUCGAGGUACUGACGACACCACGGCGCGAGACUUCUUCGAAGAGCGGACGAACUCGAUUACCUGGCACUCAGAUGUGACGUAUGAAAAGCAGCCACCUGGUACUACCUUCCUGUAUGUUCUUGAUGGGCCAGCGGCAGGAGGCGAUACUUUGUUCGCGAACCAAGCGGUGGCGUAUAACAGACUCUCGCCAGAGUUCAGGAAGCGACUGCACGGCUUGAGAGUUGUUCACUCAGCUGUCGAGCAAGCCGACGCAAGCAAGAACCGAGGCGGCAUCGUGCGUCGCGACCCAGUAACCUCAAUCCAUCCGCUCGUGCGAACACAUCCCGCAACGGGCGAGAAAGCGCUCUUCGUGAACCCUCAGUUUAGCCGACGCAUCGUAGGCUUCAAGAAAGAGGAGUCGGAUUUCCUACUCAACUUCCUAUACGAUCAUAUCGCGAAAGGACAGGACUUCCAGGCACGCGUUAAAUGGGCGCCUGGCACGGUUGUGGUUUGGGAUAAUCGUGUUACGGCGCACAGUGCGCUGCUUGACUGGGAUGAUGGCGCGCGCAGGCAUUUGGCGAGGAUUACUCCGCAGGCUGAGGCUCCGUUUGAGACUGAUGUUGAGGAGCGGAAGGCAGCUGGCUUUGAGUAUUAGUCGAGUUAGUGUGCGAUGAUAAAUGAAGUUUUUAUUGCCCUCGAGAGUUAUGGCAUGUCCGGAGUCAGUCGUGCGACAGAUGAUGUGCCCCAUAGGUACACGCGUGAUUCUUUAGAGCUGCCAUCGGAACUUUUUUGUGUCGCCUUGAAGUCUUGUUGAUUGAACAGGAGACACGAUAUCGCAUCAAUGACUGAGCGACAUUGCAAGUGACGUUGUCUGAGUUGGACAAAUGGCGAGGUUGGGGAAGGAAGGAGGUACGCCAGAUCACGUACGUCAUAGUUGGCGCGGAGGAAAGCCCAUGAACGCGUACUUGCCCAGAAUAUCACAAAGCCGUCAGAAGAGAAAGAAUACUCCCCGAUCAGUUGAACGAU